GUCGCGUCUAGUUAGUGUGAGACCAAAGAGAUAAAACCAAAGAUAGUUAAACAAGUAUAUAAAAACAAUAAUAACAGCAUUAUGAAAAGUGUAAAGCAAAUUGUCAUUUUAUUCUGUUUAGUUCACGCAUGCCUAUCUCAGGUUUUAAGUAAAGGUGUGUGCAACCAACAGCUUCCAACUGUAAAAAAUUUCGAUGCUAAUCGGUAUUUGGGUCGCUGGUAUGAGCAACAAAAGUAUCCAUUUAUUUUUGAAUUGGGCGGCAAAUGUAUUUAUGCCCAAUACGGCCUUCUCCAGAAUGGCGAUAUUAGUGUCUAUAAUUUUAAUAUAAAUGAGUUAACUGGAGCACCAAAAGAUAUCAGAGGAUCCGCUAAAAUUGUUGGACCCGCUAAACUACUUGUAACAUUUGACAAUAUGCCUGCCUUUGCUGGAGGUGCCAACUAUUGGGUACUUGAUACAGAUUAUGAAAACUAUGCGGUGGUCUAUUCGUGUACGGAUAUUCUGGGAUUUCUUAAAGGACAGGUUGUCUGGAUCUUAACCCGUGAACGCGAUCCCAAACCUCAAUAUAUUGAACAAGCUCGUGAACUCAUCAAACAGCUUGGCUUGUCGUUGGGACCCCUGCAGCGUACCAAUCAAAAUGGUUGUGGUAGCUCCAAUUAAAUCCACACAAACAAGGGAUCACACAAAAGGUCAACAAUGAAAAAGUUUGAAAUUGAAAAACAUUGUUGUUACCCGUGUAAUUUCCCGAUAAACAAAUAAAAGCAAUGAAAUUACAA